AACUGAUUCAUGUCAUUAUGGAUCAUCACUGUCACUCCCAUUUUUCUUGGUUUCACUUUUUCAAAUUCAAACCCCAUUUCCCUCUCAACUCUCCAGCUUUUCUGUCUCCUCUCUUUCCCCUGUUGGUAUACAAAAGAAAAAGAAUGUGCACGCCAUGGACAAUCACAAGUCCAGUGAGAUGGCGGAUAAGGGAUUGGACAUCCAUGCUCUGCGCUUCCCGUUUUUCUUUAGAAGAAGAACAAGGUGCCUGCUCUUCACUGCCUCAAGCGUCCACUGAAGCUAUGUUUGUGGAGACCGGAUGCUAUAAUACUAAUAAAUGCACCCGACGGACGCAAGUUAUGCGUAGUCCCAAACAAUCUCUAGACAGCAGAGAAGACGAUAGCGGCGGCAUCAAUGGUUCGAGAUGGCCAAGAUUCGCAGACGAGGACUAUAUAGUCUUCUGCUUUGGAGAAGAUGGAACCUUUGAUGUGAUAAAGGAUGGGAAAGGCGGAGCAUCUGAUCAUAUCAACUGCAUGACCAGAGAAUCAAGAAGUUCAUCAAGGCCUGUUAAUAGGAAGCUCAAUUAUGGCGAGGAUGAAGAAGGAGAUUACAGCUAUGGCUGUGAGGAUAGUUAUCCAUCAUAUGAGGGAGAUAAUAUCAUCUACGACAAAGAGGGGGACGAAGAAGAGAGCAUAUACUUGGAUCCCGGUUCCCCACCAGAUGAAAUCCAAGGGGGAGAAAAGAUAGAGGAGAUUGAGGAUUGUGGGACAGUGUCCAUUGAAUCAAGCAGUUCAAAUCAAUCCGACGACAGUGCUGGUUCUUUUGCCUUCCCAGUGCUGCGGUGGGAAGGGAUUGGGAGUCCAGUGCAAAUGCCAAGAUCAGAGGACUUGCAAUUAAGGAAACACAAGGCCAGGGGGUUGGGCUUUCAUUGUUGUAGAUUCUAACUUUCUAGGAAAUCUUUUUGGACUGAGAUUGGACUGGAGAUGAAGAAAGUACCCAUGUUAAUGAUUCAUGGUACUAAUAAUGGUCCGAGAUUUUUCUGACAUUAUUAUGACACAAACCCCACCUUUUUUUUCUUCCUCCUGUUUCAUGGAAAUUCAGCAUCUCAUAAAACUAGCAAAUUUUGAUGAA